AUGACGACCGACGACGUUGAGAAUGAGAGUGACUGUUGGAACACAUCAUGGAAGUCCUUGAUAGUCAGAGUGAUUUCCAUAUUUCGCCCUUCCGCUGAUGCCCUGAACCAGCCCCAGCCAGGCGAGCCGAACGAUGCACGCAUUGAAGGUGAAGAGCUGAACGAAUUGUUUGACUACGAGGCCUAUUGCAUGGCACAAAAUCAAGAUCACGCUGUUGCGAACAUGAACGACCAUCUCAGCAACAGUGAGCAGGGUUUCGACAUGGACAUGCUCAACAUGAACGAUACACCUGGCCAAGCCGGCCCUCAAGUCCAAGAUCAGAACCCGUUCUCCAACCUCAUCGUGGACCAGGACCAACUCGCGCAGCUUCAGUUUCCCCUGCUGGAUACAGCACACAACAACAACGUGCCAGCCAUGAAUCUCGGCAUCCCCGAGAGUGCCAUUGACCCUAGGCUUAGAGCGCCGAAGGAUGACGGAUCAGACGCCGGCCCAGAGGGACAGGCAAACAUGCUCCUCCUUGCGCAGCGACUCGCUUGUCCCGUUGGUGGGCCUCGAUAUCCGCAUGAACAGAGGUACAGCUUGAAUCCUCCCAUCGGUCCUAUCCUGGAAAACUUUCCAGGUCAAAACAACAGCCUGCCUCUGGAAGUUUUCAUGCCCAGCCCCUCGGUCUCAAACAAGCCAGCUCCCACAGCAGGCCCUGCAAAUGCUGUUGGCUCCAGCUCCGGUUCCCGUUCCAACACCCCUCUCAAACUCGGCCACAAGCAGAAUAGUCUCGGACCGACAGAGUCCCCAUCGAAGAAGCGGAAGGCCAGCCCGCACAACCGAAGCCAAAGUCUUGCGCAGCUGCAAUGCCACAGCCCCAGCCACAAUCAUGGCAACAACAACGGCAACCCUGCCGUUCGAGACAAGAGGGCUGCCACCGUCGGGUCCAGCAUGAGCCCCCGUGGCCCGCCAGAUCAGUUCCAGGGUCACUCUUCGGAGCCCGGUCACCGUGUUCCUCCCAGCGGCAACGGCCCUGUCCAGAUCUCGCCCGCCACUGUUGCCCGGCGAGAGCGCAUCCAGAAAGCUCUCAUGAACCUAGACAAAAAUUGGAAGGUUGCGUGGCAAAAGAUGCCCGGCCAUAUGCGCUUCGGCUUCCACAAGGAGCUCGCGCAGGCCGAAACCCGCGCCGAGCCGCUUGAACUGUGGGAGAAGUACCUGCUGUUUAAGAAUUCGGAGAAGGACAAGAUUAGGGUGUACCAGGAGCUUGCGAUAGAGAGAUACAGGGAGCGGGAGAAGUUCAUGGUGAUGUUGAGUGAUCAUCUGGAGAAGUACGACGGCCUGCGCAGUGAGAUGCAGAAAUUGAGGGAGCAUGUCUUCAACUUGGAAUCCACGGUUCAGAAGAAUGAGCUCGCCAGGCAGAAGAUGAUGGGCAGGAUUACGGAUCUGGAGAGGAGUCAUCUGGAACUUAAUCGGGGUUUGGACGAGAGGGUUCAUAUCUUGAAUGGGAAGGUGGAUAGGAAGGCUCAGGAGUUGGAGGAGGCGGUUGAGAAGUUGAAGAUGGGCGAGGAAGGGCUGUCAGAGUAG